AUGGCAAUGCAAAAACGUGCGAACAUUCGUUUACCACCUGACAUAAAUCGUAUUCUUUAUGUUCGAAAUCUCCCGUACAAGAUCACUGCUGAAGAAAUGUACGAUAUUUUCGGUAAAUACGGAGCCAUUCGACAAAUUCGUGUUGGAAAUAUGCCGGAUACACGUGGCACGGCAUUUGUUGUUUACGAAGAUAUAUUCGAUGCGAAGAAUGCUUGUGAUCAUUUAUCGGGAUUUAAUGUUUGUAAUCGUUAUCUGGUUGUGUUAUAUUAUCAAGCAAACAAAGCAUUUGACAAGAUCAACUUGGAAAAGGAAAAAGAGAAGUUAGCGAAAACACAAGCCAAGUUUGGAUUGAAUACCUAA